GUGCAAUUAGUUUGGAUUGACGACUUACACGUGUAAAGCCAGACUUGGAGUCUUAUCGUCGAAUUAAUCUAGCGAAACAAAGACGCGCGUUUAUUUCCGGCGGUGUGAAAGUUUGACGAGAGUGUUGUGUGUGAUAGCAUCAAGGAUCUGUUUUAAUAUGAAAGGAUUAUCAUUAUCGCCGACGCUGUUGGUACUGCUGUUGAUGUUUCUGGUUUUGGAAUAGCGCAGAGAAGAUAGGAAGAUGUUUCCUGGAUGUAUUCGUGGGCCGAGAUCCUCGCAGGGAUCUAUUGAUGAUAUCAGCAAACAGACAAAGUCAAUAGUACAGAUUUAUACCGACUGGGCAAAUCAUUACCUGGAAAAAGCCCGGAGCAAAAAACGCGUCAAUAGCCUAGCGGCGGAUUGCAGUGACGGCGUGCUUUUAGCUGAAGUUAUCGAAUCAGUCAUGUGCCAAAAAAUACCAGAUAUCAAUAGGAAGCCAAAGACGCCUUCACAAAUGUUGGACAACAUAAAUCUGUGCUUGAGCGCACUGCGGACGCAGCAUGUCGCCGGCGUUGAGAGCGUCUCGGGUCAGGAUCUGCGCGACGGCCGCCUGAAGGCGAUCCUAGCGCUCUUCUUCGCGCUCUCGCGGCACAAACAGGCGGCGAAGCAGCGCGCCGCCAUCCAGCAGCAACUGCAGCCGCCGACGAAUUUACCAGCGCAGCAGGAGCAAAUGACGCCCAAUAGAUCGGCGAUACCACACAAAGGUGGGUCCAGCAUCCCGAUGCCCGGAUCCGCCUUACCAUCAAGAAGAUGUCCGCCGGAUAAAGUCCGCCCAGUGGCCGGAUCCAGUCGUGCUUCCAGUCCAGCCUUAUCAAUGAUCCCACGUGGUCCACCCACUGCCACUGUAGCCUCACCAUAUCAACAAACCCCUCAGAAGAACUCCAUGUUGGAUAAGUUAAAACUCUUCAAAUCUAAUGACAGACCUGCUCCUUCGAAUGGUAAACGGACAAGUAGCAGUAGUGGGGUUUCUUCUGCACGUAGUGAACGAUCUGAUAGUUCUAUAAGUCUGGAACCCACAACGGAAAUCAAACCUGUACGGAAUGCUUCACGUUUGAAACAACAAAGACCUACAAAAACCACCACCUCAAAUGGAACGAAAAAUUCACCACAGAGUAAUAAAAAAGAAAUGAAAGAAAGUAAAGAAAGCAAAGAAAAACCUCCGAAAAUGAGCGUAGACGUAGAAAAACACGCUAAUAAAGUAGCCUCUAUCGAAACAAGGUCAAAACUUGUAGAACCCAAGGUCAAAGUGAAAGAAAUCAGUAGUAAACACCAUGAUAAACAUAACCUCUACGCCACACCUGUAAGCGCUGGUACAGGGAUACCUAAACCCACUGCAGCAGUCAAGGGUACCAGUAAGGUCUUAAGGGAAGAAGAAAAGCCCAAAAAGGGGAUAUCCAGAGAGACCUCAUCAACGAAUCUACAACCUCCAACACAACCCAAGUCCAUCGGUGUUGUUUCUCCCAUAAAAAGCGAAAAUAAAGAUUCUCUACUCACUGAAAGCGUGCAUAGUGGUCAUUCUGCACAUAGCAACAACAGUAAUCUCAGCAUAGGGACCACUGCAGGCCCACAUAGUAAUUCAAGCGAGAGCAGUGUGAUUUACAAACCUUCGAGUGAAUCCAGCUGCGAUAGAGAUAAUUUAAUCCCGAAUAGAAAGGAACCAUUGGAGUAUAUCACAGAAGCGGUUGUUUUGGAACAACCACAACCUGAGGUUAAAGAAGAUAAACUGUUGAAUACUCUUGGACAAAUGGGACAGACCCAAACACAAGUUUUUAAUAUAUCAUUGGGUAAUAAUCAACCAUCAAUACAGAAUCAAUUAUUGGGACAGAAACCUAACCUAACUAAUGUACCAAUCAAAGAAGUUGGUCAAGGGCAAGAUGAGGAGAUGAAUGUGGAACCUAUGCGGCCAUUAUUCCGUGGGUAUUGCAGCACAUUGACACUACCAAGUAGAGCGGUACCUUCAAGGUAUCCAGGUGGUAGGGUACCAGAUAUGAAUGGUAUGAAUGGAGAUUAUUGUGAAGUGGCUAUAGCGAAUGGUUAUCUAUCAGAUGGUGAGAUAUUACGCAAUGGUAAUCAUCAUCAGCAUGCGAUGCAUCAAAAUGGUGAAUUGGAUGGGUAUGUCUCCGAAGGUGGUAAUGCCCUCUACACGAGAAGGUUGCAAACAAUGCCUGCGAUGUCGAUGAAUCACCAUCAGCCAAUCGCCAAUGGGACGCCACGCAUCUCGCCCAGCCUCACGGUGCUCGCCGAGCAGACGGCGGGCGGGCGGCGGGGGCGCGUCGCCGCCGCCACCGACGAGCCACCGCCACCGCCGACGGGACCCCGGUCACAUCGUAGUGCUACGCAUCGCACAAAUGGCACCCCAGCGCAUUUUCCACCGCCCGACAAGCACACGAAUGCUUCUGGUCAGCAAUGGAAGCGGUAUACGGACUCCCCGGGGGUGGGCAGUCCGCCACCACCGCCGCCUGCGCCUUCUAGCCCGACGAGUUCACGACGCGAUCGUGAACGGAGGAGUAGUCCGCAUGGAAACAGCGGUAGUAGUGGUGUGAAUAAUACACCAACCAGUAAUGGGGGCGCUGCUGUUCCUUCAACUAAGGAUAAAAAGGUACGCGGUGUGCCGCAGAGUUUUGGUUAUGUCAAGCGCGGUAGCACGUCGACUUCUACGUCGACGACGACGUCUACGAAUGGGCAUCAUGCGGUCACGAACGGCACGAAUGGUGUUGGUGUUGGAGUUGGAGUUGGCACGCCGCCCACGAUUUCCAAUGGGAAUGGCAAGACGGCACAGGUGUCCGCUGUGCCUCGCACGAAAGUCAAAGUGUCUGGCGGCACGCAAACUUGCUCAAGCGAUCUCCAACCGCAUAAAGCAGCGUCCCAGUUUAAGAGCUACUCGCUGACCGGAAACGCGGCCACGCAGCUCAGCCAGUCUGUGCGCGAACGUCUCAUGGGCUCGCAGAGUUUGCCCAAGGGAGCCGCGCAGGAGUACAGUUUAAUGCUGCGACAACGUCCGCCGAAAGCCAGCGACGGAUCCCUUUCUGAUACUCAAGCGGUGGAGGCUGGAAGUCCUUAUGCACCAUGGUUACGACACAGUAAUACUUAUUCCGUUGCGCCAAGAUUGUCUGAAACUGACAGUAUGGAAAGCCUUACGAGUCUGCCGGGUCAUCGCGGCAGUUUAACCCAUGCGAGAUUACUCAGGGAUUCACCAUCACGUCUUUCACGGAGUAAUAGCAUAAGCAGCUACCUCCGAGAGCGGACGUUCCCCAGAUCGACAAAAUCCGAAAAGUUGUAUCCGUCGAUGUUGCACAGAAACAACACGGAACCGGAAAGCGAGCCGUACUAUUGUCUGCCUGUGAAUGCCGUCCUGCAUUGGUCACAGCCGACAAGCCCAGCACCGGGCACAGCAAGGACUUUUCCAUUAUCACCAACACAUUCAAACGCUCGCCAUAGUGUUCCUAAAAAUGACGAAGUGCACGGCUCGUCGAUAAGUUUGGUAUCAACAGCGUCGAGUAUUUACUCCUCCGCCGAGGAGAAGCAAGCGCACGAAAUUCGCAAACUGCGGCGGGAGCUGAUCGACGCGCAGGAGAAGGUCCAGACGUUGACGUCGCAACUGAGCACGAACGCACAUGUCGUGUCCGCAUUCGAGCAGAGUUUGUCGUCGAUGACGCACCGCCUGCAGAAUAUAACCGCCACUUCAGAGAAGAAGGACUCGGAAUUGAACGAGUUGAAGGCGGCGAUGGAGUCACUGCGAGCUCAGAGCCUGCAGGCGGGUAUUGGUACCGGGCUCGCCCGCCAACCAUCAUCUGACAGCGUCUCCAGCUUGUCGUCCGCCUGCAGUCUCGAUAAGCAAGAUAAAAAGAAGAAAAAGGGCUGGUUGCGGAGUUCUUUUACGAAAGCAUUUUCUCGCAAUGCGAAAGUCACCAAAGUGCAAUGCCAAAAUGAUACCAAUGGUGGAAACGAACACCAUGCGAGUCCGCCACCGCAACAACCCGCUGUGGAUCAAGGACAGGAAGUGCAAGAUCUUCAGAAACAACUACGAGAGAAAGAUCUUGUUUUGACUGAUAUACGACUUGAAGCUUUGACUUCAGCGCAUCAAUUGGAAAGUCUAAAAGACACUGUCAUGAAAAUGAGGAGUGAAAUGUUAAGUUUAAAACAAAAUAAUGAACGCCUCCAACGCAUGGUCAGCGGCAGUGUCGGAAAUAUCCCUUCUGCAGUCAUUACCAGUAAUUCCAUGGACCCUCUAAGUGACCUCAUCCCUACUGAAGAACUUCCCACUGAAGUAGAACCCGAUGGUAAACGUAUCGCAAUCUCUGUUUAUCUGGGACAACCAACUACCUUCCAAAAGUAUUACGCUGAGCAUUACGAAGAUGACGGCGAUGGUAACAAUGCCACAACUGAGAUUGCUAUAGCUCAUACGAGUGUAGGAGCUGCAACAUCCUGGGGACAGUUAGAUAAUGCUGUACGUAGAGCGUUUAAACAACAUGUCGCACGUUUGGAUCCCGGAGGUGGACUUGGCCUUGGAAGUGAUUCUGUAGCGUUGUAUAAGUUGGGAGAAGCUGAAAGAGCCAGUGAUUCAGCACCGCCUGAUUUGUUACCAGUUGGGUAUGUUGUUGGACAUGUUACAACAUUACACGUGGUGUUACAACCUGUGGCUGCUUUGAGUUUUGAAGCGUUGAUUCCGAAAGGUGUUGCGCAACGAUUGGUAUCUUUACUUGCUGAGCAUAGGAGGUUGGUGUUAUGUGGUGCGCCUGGCACGGGUAAGACACAUUUAGCGACGAGGUUGGCUGAAUUCCAUGCGCAGAGUCUAGGGAGGGAUCCUGCUGAAGCAGUUGCUACAUUCAAUGUGGAUAAUAAAUCAGCAAAAGAACUUCGUCAAUAUCUAGCUCACUUGAGUGAACAGGCUGCAGCAGGUGACACUAGUAUGCUUCCAUGCGUAGUCGUCUUGGAUAAUUUGCAUAAAGCAGGACCACUUGCUGAUGCAUUGGGUUCUCUUCCACGUAAUUUACCUUGUCUGAUUGGGACAAUGGCGCAAUCCGCAUGUUCAGCCACAAGUCUUCAACUUCAACAUGGUUUCCGUUGGGUACUGGUUGCUCCACAUAUGGAACCAGCACGUGGUUUACUUGGUCGUGUUUUGCGUCGUCGUCUAGCUACUUUGGAACUCGACCAAGGUCCACAACCAGAAUUAGCGGCCAUUUUAGGUUGGCUUCCACGUGUCUGGCAGCAUUUAAACGCUUUCCUCGAAACACACAGCUCCGGGGACGUCGCAAUUGGCCCACGUCUCUUUUUAAGUUGUCCGUUGGAACUGGACGCAGCUCGUGCAUGGUUCGCAGAUGUCUGGAACUAUUCCUUGGCUCCGUAUUUACGUGAAGCAGCACGUGAAGGAUUACAACUUUAUGGCCGACGUGCACCAUGGCAAGACCCAACACAAUUUGUAUUAGAUACGUAUCCAUGGCCAGGUGCACCUCCGCAAGGAUUAACAAGUAUUCCAGCAAAGGAUGUUGGUCUGGAGACAGGACCUGCGACACAAGCGGAAAACGAUGGCGACCCACUGCUUAACAUGCUUAUGCGGUUGCAGGAAGCGGCGAAUUAUUCCAGUCCCCAUUCGAAUGACUCGGAUUGCAACAGUUUGGAUUCAAACAUGGCGCAUGGCAACAGCUUGGGCACUGAAAGUGUUUCCUAGAUAAUUUCGUUGUUGAAAAAUUCACAAAUGUUUCGUCAAUUUUGGGACAAAAUUGGAAUUGAAGCCGCUUUAACUAUCAUGAAUGUUAUGAUAACAUGAUGAACACAAGACACCAAAGUUGCGUGACGUUUCUUCUGCAGUGGAUGAAGAAGCAGUCACGUUUAAACAAAACAUAUUAUUAAUCAAAAAGUAAAGAACGAUGCGGAGCGUAUGCGAAUGCACUGUAUAUAGAAUUAAUUUAUUUAUCUUGAACAGAACAUUAAUCGUUGUUAUUUGCGCGAAAUUCAUUUGAAACUUUUAAAUGUAAGCAAAUUGAAGUUUAUUUAUCUUAAAUUUAACGAAAGGCACUUUCCAAAAACACGGAAAUUGCUCGCUUUAUUGUAAAUAAUCAAGAAAUGGUACGCAUUUUAAUGCAGAUUUUAUGCGAAAACUAAUGAAACAUUUUGUACGGUCUUUUAACGCCUAUCAGGGACGCUUUCUCUUGUCAUCUGUUCAAAAUUUCGUUUUCGACUUUUGCUACGACGUUUUAUAACCUAGCUGCUAGGCUACGACAUUUGUAAAAUUGAUAACGGGACUAUAAAACAAGUGCUUCUAAUUGUUACUGUAAUAACAUAUAACAUAUUUAUGCUACACGUAUUCGCAAAUUUGUACUAAUCUAAGUCGAAUGCGUAUCCAAAGCGCGGGCUUGCUGUUUAUUUGAUUCGUUUGUUUAUUGUCUGUGUUUCAAAGAGUAUUUCUGGUCAAACAAAUGCAUUACGAUAAUAAUAACCGAUACUAACGUAGAUCAAGUGAGGAGCGCAUCACUUCUAUGGAUAAUAAAUGUACAUAACCGAUAUUUAUAUACAACAUAUACAAAUAUCAAAGGAAACAAAACAUGAACAGAUAGAUAAAAUGUAACACUUGUAAAAUGGAUAGGAAUGGAAGGUCUGGUGGAAUUUUUAUAUAUCAGUUAAUUACUAACGUAACUAACAAUUCAAAAAUAAAUCAUUAACGCGAAAGGAUGUAGCGUCGGCGUGGUCACGUUGAUGGCAUAUGUUAAAUUGCAAGCAACAAUUUUACAUACUUUUUAUACCAAUUAUACAAGCAAACUGCCAUAUAUAAAUUUGAAACAGUAAAAAGAUUAACCGACAACAAGAAAAA